GGAUCAGUAGGUGAGUGGACGUAGGAUUAAACAGUGUGACAGAAUAUGGGGGAAGAGAAAAAGGGAAUUAGAUCGGGAUCGUGAGAAAAGUGAACUAGAUACCUGGAAGAGGUAGCGGGUAAAGAAGAAAGGAGAGUGAGAGUAUACAAACGAAGUGUCCACUUGGAACGAAGACUGAGCACUUGUUUCUGAAAUUGGGUGGACCCCUCGCUAAAAAAACUUGACAUCAACCACCACAGCUACCAUGUACAGUGGAUAUGGAGGGAGUCCAUCCCGAACUCUCUCCACCAUGUCACUAUCUGUUCGCCCAGCCAGACGCCUCACAUCCAGAUCCAUCACUAGGAGCCAGAGCUUUACUGGAGUCAACACCUACGACAAACCCUACAGGAGCCUCUCAGUGUUCAGCACUCCAGGUCUCAACAGGAAGCCCAGCAGAGCCAGCAGGAUGUUCACGAUGUCUACCAAGUCCAACCCUCCACCUAAGGUUCCUCAACCAGAGCGACUGGAUCAGGUCUACGAGGCGCUGAAAAAAGGCCUUCAGUCUUACCUGCAGGUUCAUCAGAUGGACUUGGACAGCCUCAGCAGACAGAUGAAAGAAACAAAGAGGAACUCCAGACUGGGUUUCCUGUAUGAACUGGACAAGCAAGUGAAGGUGACUGAGAGGUACAUAAGACGACUGGAGUUUCACCUCAGCAAGAUUGAGGAGCUAUAUGAAGCCUACUGCCUGCAGAGGAGACUCAGGGACGGAGCCAACAAGAUGGUGAAGGCUUACACUGCCUCUCCAGGCAGUAAGGAGGCCAAGGAGAGUUUAGCAGAAGCCAAUAAAGGAUACAAAGAGUACACAGAGAACAUGUGUGUGUUGGAGAGUGAGUUGGAGAACCAGCUGGGGGAGUUCCACAUUAAGAUGAAAGGUCUGGCUGGAUUUGCUAGAUUGUGUGCUGGUGACCAGUAUGAGAUCUUUAUGAAGUACGGUCGGCAGCGGUGGAAGCUCCGAGGCAGAAUAGAGAUCAAUGCCAGACAGCUGUGGGACAGUGAGGAGAUGGUGUUUGUGCCGCUCAUCAGUGAGUUCCUCUCUGUGAAGGUAACAGAGCUGAAGAGCUUAGCCAAUCACGUGGUUGUAGGAAGUGUUUCCUGUGAGACUAAGGACCUGUUUGCUGCACUACCCCAGACGGUUGCUGUGGAUAUUAAUGACCUUGGGACUAUUAAGCUAAGCCUCGAAGUCACCUGGAAUCCAUUUGAUAAAGAUGACCAGGGGUCAGUGGCAAGCACUGUCAACAAAGCUCCAACUGUCAGUAAGAGAAUCUCAACAAUCUUCAACCAGAGUCCACCUGACACGCCAUCUUUGCGUGAACAAGCCUUCUAUAACAUGCUCCGCCGUCAUGAAGAGCUGGAGAAUGGAGCAGCGUGGUCUAAUUCAUCUGAAUCUUCUGAUGACUCGUCCAGUCCUCGGCUUUCUGUAGGAGGGCAACGCAACUCUUCACCUCAUAAGGCAGUGGUGGUGACACCAGACAUCCAGCCAGCUGGUAGUGGAAGUUCUUCCCCUCAGCCUGACAUCUCAUUUUGCCCCAGAGACUCCUUCUCCUCAACUCCAAACUCCAGCCACAAAGUCAGUGCUGUCAGUGACACGUCCAGACAGCAAGCAGAGAGCAACAGGGAAGAAGAGAAGGGGACAGUUACUGUGGUGACCAAACCUGACAGUGAGGAAGAGGAUGCAGGGAAACAGUCUUCCAUACCAGCAGUGGAUGGGGUGUUGACCAACAGCCACACCUCGCGCAGCUACUCGCGCUCUCUGAGCCACAUUAGUGAAAGUAGUGCUGAUGGCAUUGUGUUGACUGAUAGGUCAGCCGAAUCAGGAGACGUGAUGUCUUUGGCGUCCGGGCUCUCCAUCAAUGACAUUGAAAUGGAGAUGCCCAGCAGAACUCCUGAGCCACCUGUCUCUGCUGCCACAGAUAUUGACCUCUCAACAAGGCUCUGUGUCGUUAAAGAAAACAUAGCAGCUGAUGAUGUCACAGAUCAACAUCAACACAGGAAGCAACAAGACACAUCCAGCUCUGUCCUAACAUCCUCCUCUCCAAGAACUGAAGGAGUGGACCUUAAUACUCUGUCACAAAUGAACACACACUCACAGCCAGAGUGCAGCACACUCCCAGAGAGUGGGGAUGUGUUGUAUAUAGCCCGGCGGGUGUCAGUGGAGGAGGAGAUGCCGGCUGCAGGAGCAGAGUGUUUCUCCAAAGAGGGCGGUGGUCCAGUGGACAGUGGGCUGGAAGAUGCUCUGACAGCUGUGGUUUCCUCUCUGGAUGAUUACAGAGGACAGUUCCCUGAGUUACAACUGCUGGAACAAGAGCUGAAGCUGCUGCAGGUUACACUGAAGGGCGGUAGGCACAGCCGUUCACCCAGUGUGGUCAGCCUCACAGUGGAAACAGCUCUAGGCAGCUUCGACUUCCUCAACACAUCUGACUGGGAGGAGGAAGAGGAGGAGAAGGCUGACAAGAGGAGUAGAAAUGGCAGGUCUCUGCAGGACAGAGGCUGGGACAGCCCCUCCUCCCCCCCUUGCCCCCUCACCACAGGCUGCUCCACCUUAGACCACACCCUGGUGGUCCACUUGAAGAACUGCAGCACACAGCUGUUGUGUCUGGGUAUGUUUGGUCCGCUACGGUGUGGAGAGAUGUACGCCUUGGACAGACUGCUGAGAGAGGCUCGAGUCCUUGAAGUCAUCCGACGCAUCGCUAAGGACAACCCAAGACGUCCAAGACAGCCUGCUGAAGUGAUACCACAGCUGGGCCUGUGCCGGGGAGCUGUGUCACUCUGGCAGCAGUGUGCGGGGCAGGGCAGUGUGUACAGCGUCUCUGCUGAGAACUUGCUGGUUACAUUGUCUACACUCUACUCCAGAAUGCUGCCUGAGAGGGCCAGCAACAUGGCCAACACAGUGUUCUUGUGUCUGGUUGAGCGAGUGCUGGAUCAGAGGUUACCACGGCGGGGCAGUAACAGAGAGGGAGUGAUGGUGACGCUGUUCCAGCUGUGGAGUUACUUGGAUGCCAACGGCAUCAGUAAUAUAGAAACACACAUUGCUGAGCUGGCAGAAGAAGUGUGGUUGGUGCAGAGUCUGGCAUCAUGUGACCAGGAUGUGAUAGUGCAGACUCUGCGGCGUCCUGCAGAGUGCAGCCUGAGGAGAGAGGGUCUUCACGCUGUGGCCAAAUUACUGAAAGACCCACGAGGCAAAGUGUCAGCCUCUGCCAGCUCUGUGCUGAGGAGCCUGGCUGCCCAGCCCAGACAGAGAGAGCAGGCUUUGGUCAGCUGUUUGGAGCUGCUGGAAGAUGAGAACGUGGACACCAGAGUCUGUGGAUGCAAGGCCUUAGCUUGUCUCAAGGCCAAAGAAAGUAUUGACCAGUUGGUGUAUCUUUGUCGGACGGACAAAGAUGAAGUCCGAGAUGCUGCCAAACAAGCGCUGCUGGUGCUUGGCGAAGAGGGGAAGAUGGCCCACAGACAUGUGGAGACGUCUCAGGACAGCAUACCAAGACUCUUUGCUCCAGGAAGCAUGGCCAGCACAGCUUUCUAACACCACACACACACACACACACACACACACAGGUGGGAGCAAAAAACAAAGUCAGCACAGCAACACAAUAUGAAUGUUGUGUUUUGGCAGUGCUUUGACAUGAUGUCUUGGUGAGAAUAGUUUUUUUCUUCUAUCCAAUGAGACUAGCAACAAAUCUAAUAUAUGGUAUACAGUAUAUACACUGUCAGAGGGGCUGCAAUAAUACUCACAGCAACUUAACACUGGGCAAACACAACAACAAGCUGCAAACACACCAGUUUAUGUUUAUCAGCCAGUAAAGAUGUAAUGAAGAAUCUUAGCGGACUUGAAUGAAAGGAUGGAUAAAGGGAGGAGUAGAGGGAAGAAAUGAGGGAAGAUAUGGAGAAGUUAAGAGGACUUGUCCUGAGUCAUAAUCAAGUCAAAUCACUGGUCCAACUCCUUACUAUCACAGUCAAGUCCUUCCAUGGCCCAGACAGAAAUACAUUAUUUUGAAGUGAGUUAGCAAAAGUCUAGAAAGCUAUUUAAAGUCACUUUGUUAGAUAAUUAACAUUUUCUUAGCCCAAGUGCCCAAAAUGCUGAGUUUCAUGUAUUUUUUUAUAAGUUUUAUUACUUCACCUCUCUGUGGGUUUGACUGGUCACACGGUGAACAGUCGGCAUAGAGUAAAUAUUCCAUUCCACAGUAUAACACUACCCCUAACAUUACAUAACACUGCUUUUUGCAAUGGAUACUGCUGUCUCUAGUUUUGGCGAAAAUGAGUUUUUAAACAAUCCUAGACGGACAGCUCGCUCUGUGAAGUGACAUGCCUGCAAACUGAAAAAGAUGUUUUCUCAUACAAGUCUGCCUUUCCUAAGCCUUUGGCUCUACUUAUGCUUGUUGGUUUUCAUGUUUGCCAGAUGGCUGUUAUCUGAACCAAGGCUGCGGUCAACACUACACAAGUCCGAGCCCCAGUGGUUUUGUGACUGAGUCAAGGCCUGGUCCACCCAACAGUGCCCAUAAAUGUUGCAUUUUUUGCUAACAGUGAUUUGUGAUUACUACUCUUAGAAAUCAAAUAGUUUUACAAAACAAAAUAUUCUUGCACAGAGUUACAAGCUAUGAAAGGAUGAUGCCUGUCCACACAUAUAUGCAUAAGCCUACAUGUUUGAAAUGAGGAUGCUUGGAUGUUACAUGGCUAAGUUAAGGUGAUAUUAAAGAGUUGAGUGUGUCUAUGGGCGACUGGCAGCUGACCGACAGCAGAGCUACAGUCUGCUCUGAAGCAACAACAGUCAAAAGAACAAGUACAAGUCAAAAAGUGACAGAGGUAGUAAUGCAAAGAAUGAAAAAGGAGAGCUUGAUAGAAAUGGUCAAACACCACCUACUUUCAUACUUCCAAACACCUGUCCAAUCACUGCACGAGCUGGGUGUGAUUGUCAGGUUGUCGGUUACACAAACAUACAGAAACUAUCGGAAGUAAACACUUUCAGUAUUACUUUGAUGCUUCAGCAGUCUGCCCUCUGGUACCACAGCAAAGACCACUUCUCAUUGAAAAUGAAAUAUAAAAAAAUCAAAACAAACAUGGAAUAAACCUUGAAGAUCUUUAUUUUUGAGUGCAACGCUGUACUUGAGCCAAACUGCAUGUAUGUCUCAUCAAAGUGCAUCAGAUUCUUAAUUCAGAGGUUGUAGGUCACAGGCCUGUGUUGCCAAGGAGCCACACCCUGGGAAGCAAGGAAAUUAGUAAGGUUUUUAUUGGACUGUAUAAGAUGAUAUGAUAGAAAGAGAUAUGUCACACAUGUUCUUUUACAUUCUUCCUGGAUCUGUCAGUGGAGCUGGCGCCCUUUUUAGCCAAUUGUAUUAUAAAGCCACAUGUAAUGGGUGAGCAAGUGUUGGUUAGGAUGACAUGUUGUGGCUGACGCUGGGACAGAUACUGGAGAUUCAUCAGCUCAGUCACAUCUGCAACACUGCCACUGCUGGCUUAUUAACUGUGAAAUGUCUUCGAGUUCAAAAGAUAAGAAAUGAAAGCUUUUUAUUCUCUGUCUCACAGGCCUUUAUGUUUCAUGCUGUCAGUGUACUGGCAACAGAUUGAAAAGAAAGAAAAGCAUAGCUCUCACUGGAGUUUUAUAGACCGGGUUGAGACUGCACAAAAUGUGUUAAUCUGCUUCUGCACCAAGAAUGGUUUAAGCAAUUCAGUGCCAUUACUCUUUACAAUAAUGACAUACCUUAUUCUUUAUGGAAAUACAUAUAAUAUGACUAUAUGCCACUGGAAUUCAAUAUUCUGUGAUUGUAAAUUGUUUUUAUCUUAGCAGAGUCUUAAUUUGUAAAUGUAUGCUUUGUUUUAUAAGAUGCAUUUUUACUGUUUACAGUUUAAUUUCAGUCAUGUAACAAAUUUGUUUAAUGGAUUGAUUGACUUUCUGCGGCACUUAACUGUAACACUGACAUAUCUGCUGUAAAUGGGGUGGCAUUCUGUUUGGAGUCACUGAAGAUUUGCAUUACUGUCACACACUGCUGUGGAGGAAUUUGUCUUUUGAGAAGGCAAAGACAGAUUAAUGAGUAAAUUGGUCAAUCCAGAUCUGGGAUCAGUUCACCUUAAAUUCACAUCAACAACAGAUGAACCUCAAACUUAAAAUUUCUGACUUUUAGGGUGCUUUCACACCUGUUGAGUUGAGUUAGUUUGGUCCACACCAGAGGGAAAAAUUAUUUAUUGUUGCAUUUUAGUUUUAGUUCGGUUCCUGUUCACACUGACUUUUUGCAAGUGAACAAAGAGGAUAUCAUGAAGUUCUACCAACUGACAGGUAACUCAUUGAUUGGACAGGUUUGGCAUUUGUCAUCCUGCAUCAUCAGUGCAUCAUCAGGACCGACGUGGGGAAAUCAAAUUCUGGUGACUGACAGAAGUUUAUGUAGCAGCACUUUAAUGCUUUGAAAGUUUUAUAUUUAUGUUCUUUGGUUUCACAAAGAGCUCUUAGAGAUGUAAGUGAUUGUAAGCAUUAUUAGGAGGCUAUUAUUAGACUGCAAAUCAAUGGCAUGUUAUGAAUAAUAACUAACGUAGAGACAGGAUGAAAAGAAGGCGUCUUGUACAGUAAUGACUCAGGGCUUAAUACUGUUGAAUCACUGUCACACUCUUUUUAAUGGACCUAAUGAACAGACAAAGUACACAGAGUCGGAUACAAUGAUGGAAGAUUUAACAGCUUUUUAGUCAGGGAAAAUACCCUCACUGGUGUGCAUAUGUGUUACCAUGGUUACAUGUAUGCAUCAGCAUAAAUAGGUUAUGGGAUAUACGUGGCCUUUAUCAGGAUCAGUUAUGAGAUCGCGGAGAGAUUUCAUGAUCAGCAGAUGGAUUUAUUAUUGGUUUAGCUGUUGAUAAAAUCACAUGAAAUCCCAUAGUUGGUUUGUUAUCUUUCACACCACAAACAUACAGCACUGUUGGAAGCAGACCGAGACCCGCUUUUUACAGCGGCCGUGGUUUGGUUGUUUGUUUGUUUGGCCGCACCAGGGUUCGAUUGACAGCUUUCACACCAGCCCAAACAAACUGUACUAACUGCGCAGACCGACCUGAGUAGUUGUAACCAAACAGGUUAGGUGUGAAAGCACCCUUAGAAAGAAUAAGAAUUUACACUUGUCUCUGCUUUGUUAGUAUUAGCAUUCUAGAACAUUUGAAUAGGAAUAAUUAAUACAGAACUGGACUGCAUGUCAAGUAAACCAAUCCCAGACACUGAAUCAUAAAUUGUUAAUGGGCCAUACCACUGUUUUUGCAUGUUUAUGCCAUUUACUACAAAUAACAUACUAAAAACUUUACAAUGCUGGUGACCAUUUUCCAAAGUCAGCCCAGUGCACUCACCAAAGAAAAUUUUAAUUUAAGACCUUAUUUUGUAAUUACUGACCACAUAAUUACAACAUCUGUAUUUCAUUAAUUUCACUCAGUAUUUCAUAUUAACAACAUGUAUAUCUUAUCAUAGGACUUAGUAACUCAUAAUUACAACAGCUGUUACUAUCAGAUGACAAACUCAUAAUUACAAGCUGAUUCCCUCAUACUUAUGAAAUAGGAUCUCAUUAUUUUCACAUAUUUUCUCGCAAUUAUGAGAUACAGAUGUGGUAAUUGUGAGAUAUUUAGUAAUAGUUCAGGGGUAAUGUUGUAAUUUGCCUUUGGUGAAUGCAGUUCAUGUUUGUUCCAAAGCAUGGCUUAGUGUCUCCGAUUUUUGCAUUGUGCUGAAUUUUCCUGAAAGAAGCCAAUUGUUUUCCAUUUCUUUUAAUACAGGAUCAUCACAGCUAGCAUGUCUACAACAAUGAUAUAACAACAUUUAAACACAGAGCUGAUGUUCACUGUGAUGGAUUAUUAAAGUGUCAGUUCUUUGUAAGUGGA